CGGGCCGGUCCUGGUCCUUUUCCCCCAAGAAGGAAGAGGCGGAGGAGAAAGUAGCAGGCUCUGCGGUCCUGUUGGUGAGGUACUCAUCUUCAUGAAGGAAGGAAACACACAAGAAGAUCCCAUUUAGAACUGUAGCGUUUGCUUCAAGAUGUCCCAAAGGGAAAACACUCAUCUGCAACUUUCAUAUUUCAAAACUGUCUGCGUGCUUUCAAUCAAAGAAAAAAGUUUUUUGAGAAAGAUGACUUGUGAAAUCUGUGAACAAAGCUGGCUUUACAAGGAUACUGAAUAAAAGACAACAUGCCUUACAACGGACACUUAUCUUGAAGGGGCGACACUGUGCUUCUAAACUGAAAACCCGGCACUGUAAAAACACUGAUCCUGACAAAAUUAAGGAUUAUAGAAACUGCAUCAGAAUGUUUGUUAGUCCCAGAAGAGUAAGAAAAUGCCAUUUUUUGCAGAUAGUUGCCACGUCCUUCAUACUGUGUCUCAUGAUUUUUUGGGGACCAUUUGAUAAUCACAUUGUGAGCCAUAUGAAGUCCUAUUCAUACAGAUACCUCGUAAAUAGCUACCAUUUUGUGAAUGACAGCCUGUCUAUCAACAGGGAUAACUUGGACAGAGUAUCAAGAUACCAGUACUUGAUCAACCACAGAGAGAAAUGUCGGCAUCAGGAUGUCCUUCUCCUGUUGUUUGUGAAGACUUCUCCUGAAAACCGUCAUCGGAGGGAUGCGAUUAGACAAACUUGGGGUAAUGAGAAGUACGUUCGUUUGAACCUUAAUGCCAAUAUUAAAACACUUUUUGCUUUAGGACAACCAGCAGAUUCUCUGCACCAAACACAGCUGCAAAGAGAGCUUCAGCUGGAAGACCAGAAAUACAAUGAUUUGAUUCAGCAGGACUUCUUAGAUACUUUUCACAAUCUUACUCUUAAAUUGCUUUUGCAGUUUAGCUGGGUGAAUGCCUACUGUCCUCAUGCCAGGUUCAUUAUGUCUGCAGAUGAUGAUAUAUUUAUCCAUAUGCCAAAUCUUGUUGCUUAUCUGCAAAAUCUAGCACAGAUGGGUGUUCAAGAUCUCUGGAUUGGUCGCGUCCACCGUGGAUCCCCUCCCGUAAGAGACAAGAGUAGCAAAUACUAUGUUCCCUACGAAAUGUACCAGUGGCCCUCUUAUCCUGACUACACAGCAGGAGCUGCAUAUGUGAUAUCAAGUGAUGUAGCAGCUAAAGUAUAUGAGGCUUCACUGACUCUCAAUACAAGUCUUUACAUAGAUGAUGUUUUCAUGGGUCUCUGUGCCAAUAAAAUGGGAAUUGUACCACAGUACCACGUAUUUUUUUCUGGGGAAGGAAAGGCUCCAUAUCAUCCCUGCAUUUAUAACAGAAUGAUGACAUCUCAUGGACAUGUAUAUGAUCUUCACCAGCUCUGGGAGCAGGCCACAGAUCCCAAAGUUAAAAAAAUUGCUUCAGGGAUUUGGGGUAGGUUAUACUGCAGACUAGUCAAUAUUGUGCUUCUCUGUAAACUGUACUAUGAGGACACAUAUCCAUGUUCAGCUGCAUUUUCUUAAUACUUGAAUAUCUGUGUUGAAGAUCCACUGAGCCAAAGCAGAGCAACAACUCUUUAGCUGUUUAUUAAAAAUACAUGUAAACAUGGAAAGAGGUAAAACUGAAAUGUGAAUAGUUGGAGGUGGGGGGAGGAUGGUCCCAGAUACUGUUCAGAAACUUACUGGAAUAGCUCUCCUAUUGUACUGCAACCUUUUACAUUGUAGCCUGGUUUGUUGUUUGUUUGGUUCUUUUACACUUCGAGGGAUGGAAGUCUGGAUUAAAUGAACUACAA